GGGUCAGCGGGGCGGGGGUCCCGCUCCCCUCCCCUCUCUUCUCCUCCCUCGGCCGGGCCGCUGGUGCUGGUGCCGGCCCAGUGCCCGGCGCCCAGGCAGCUGCUCAAGGUCUGCUGAGGUGAAAGGGCGGCUCACGGUAUUGAGAAUUUGCCGUGCGAGCUGCAGAGGAACUUCCAGCUGAUGCGGGAGCUGGAUCAGAGAACAGAAGACAAGAAAGCGGAGAUUGAUGGCCUGGCAGCAGCGUACAUCGAGUCUGUGAAGAACAUGUUACCUGAGGAGAGAGUGGAGCACCUGAGGAAGAUCCAGAGUGCCUACAGCAAGUGUAAAGAGUACAGUGAUGACAAAGUGCAGCUGGCCAUGCAGACCUAUGAGAUGGUGGAUAAGCACAUCCGCCGGCUGGAUGCAGACUUGGCGCGGUUUGAAGCCGAUCUCAAAGAUAAACUGGAAGGCAGCGACUUCGAAACCCCUGGAUCCCGAAGCCUGAAAAAGGGACGAAGUCAGAAAGACAAAAGAAGCUCUCGUGGUCGAGGCAGGAGAACAUCUGAAGAAGAUACACCAAAGAAAAAGAAGCUCAAAGGAGGGUCUGAGUUUGCUGAUACCAUCCUGUCGGUGCAUCCCUCGGAUGUCCUGGACAUGCCAGUGGAUCCCAACGAGCCCACCUACUGCCUGUGUCACCAGGUGUCCUAUGGAGAGAUGAUUGGCUGUGACAACCCAGAUUGCCCAAUCGAGUGGUUCCACUUUGCUUGUGUGGACCUGACCACCAAACCCAAAGGGAAAUGGUUUUGUCCUCGUUGUGUUCAGGAAAGAAAGAAAAAGAAGUAAGGAGUAGGGGGGAAUACAGCGCCGAGGCAAGAAGAAUUUAAUAUAUUCCUUCAUUCAUGUUGCAAUAUUACCUUUGAUUAUUUUUUGUUAAUCUGUUCUCCAUCUUUUUCCGGUAUGAUAUUUAAUUAUCCAGUGGCCAGUUGAAAUUCCUGUUCUUUCCUAAGACAGUGACUUUGGGAGGGAGUCCCAAACCCCUUUGCCACGGAGAUUUUAUUUAUGUUAGUCUUGCACAAUAAUACCGAAGGAGGGUGUUGCCUUUUCUGGCUGUUUCCAUUUCCCUGAAGAUUCGUUAAGUCCAUCACUGUGAAGAUGAAACCUACAGUAUUCUUGGGGAGAGAGAAGGUUGGAUUUAUUCACGAAAAAGAUGAAGGCUUGAACUGUUAGCUGUGAUUGCCUGUGUGGCACAUGGGUAAAUCAGGUUUUAGGGAGAGGCUCCAUGAGGACACUCUUUGUUCCCAUCAUGGUGUGGCUCUGCUGUUAUAGAAGACUGUUCAGGAAUGUUGUAACAGAACUUCUUGUCUUUUUUUUUAAUGGGCCACAUUUGCAUGUUCUUGACUUCUCUGGCUGCCAUUCUGAUGAUGAAUGUGAAUCCUUGCAUUAGCACAGUGUCAGUGGCUGCAGCAGAAGGGACAGAGGAAAUCAAGGGCUGGAAAGAAAAAGUCUCUGUUUUUUCCUUCCUCUGAGAUACAGUGGAUGCAGAAGUUAAGGGAAGAGCAGAGAUAAGUCUUGCCUUCGUAUCUUUCUCCUGCAUCAUGAGGCUUACCUGCCUUCAGUGAAAGAUGUAGUGGGGAAAGGUGUUCCAGGCUUCCUUCCUGCUGGUGGAAGGAGGAAAAAAAUGCCCCUGACUCGUGAACUUUGCUGGCUCUGGUCCCUGUUGGGUGUUGGUGGCAGCUCUGUGCGGGGCUGUGUGCUGCUUUCCAUACCAGUGUGCAGGAGCUCUUGGUACAGUCUGCUGGAAAGGCAUGAAAGAACUCCCAGAUAAACUUUUCUUCUGCAGAAUAAACAGCACAGAAGAUUAAAAACACUUCUACUCAGAUUCUGGCACCAGUUUUCAAAAGAAAUAAGGCUCUUCCUGUUACGCUGAGCCUCUUACUCAUGUUUUCCAAUGGAGGAAAGUAGAACACAGCUCCUGCCACCUCUCCCUCCCUCUGUGGGGCUUUGUGCCUGCUGCUGACAUAGGAGAACCUCUCAAUCGAGAGGCAGCUUUUCUGUGAACAUUGAUUUAUGGCAGGAAAAAAGGAUGGAUUUUAGGACAACAUCCCUGUCUUCAGGGUCCUGUAAUUUCCAGUGUGAUGUUGCAGGUGUCUUUACUACAUUGCAUCACGGAGAGAUGGAGUUCCCACAGUUCAGUGCAUGAAAAUGCCCGUUCGUGAUGCACAUCUGUCAUUGCUGCCACAGAAUAGCACACGGAAAGCAGGCAGGGAAAUUAAAGCCGGAGUGCUGGACAGAAAAGGGAGGAGCAGCACAGUGCCACAAACAAACCUGGAGUACAGCAAGCCCUCUUCUUCUUUCUGCCUCUUCAUGAGAGCAAAUCUGUGAUACCUCAAGAGCCAGGCUGUAAUCCAGUCCCCAGAGGGUGAGAGCUGCUCCUCCUCCCCCUGCACUGGACUGAGCUGGAGCGUUGCUGUGUCCUGACAACCCGGGCUGAUGCUGUCCCAGGUUUUGUUUUCCCCUUCCACCCAAAUGGUAUUGUAGACAUCUUUUCUCCCUGUUUCUUCCUAAGGCUUUUUUAGCACUGGUGUUGCCAUGGAUUAAGCAUUUGAUUUGAAACAGUCUCAAAAUUCCACUCUGGAGAUCUUGCUGGAGCCAUGCCAGAAGGGAAGAGAGCAGAUCUGGGUGAGCCAGUGGGGAGCUGUCUUCACUCAGCUCCAAAAUUCUGGUCAGAUAGCAUAACAAAAUACAUGUUUAGUAGUACUUUUGGGGCCUUGAAGAGCAUUUUCCACUUGAACCAGCAAAGCAAAAAGGAAAACAAGCUCUGCAAGGUAGAGCCCUCGGAAGGAGGCAUAAUUUGCUAGGAAUGACGAAUAGUGUGAGGUACAACAUUCUCCUCUUCUUUACAGCAUCUGUGAUGUGUAAAGCAUCUGAGAUCUGAUACCAGCAAUAAACUCUCCCACUGGGAACCUGCCAGUUCAGGGCUUGGAUGGGCUCAGGAGCAUCUCCUGCCCUCUUACACCUUAUCGUAGAGAUUUUUUACGACUCCUUGUAGGAAAAAAUACCAGCAGCCUUCAUUUUUGCUUACUAAAGGAUUUAAAUCUUCUGACUUUUGAAUGUACAGUGUUAAAUGUUUCCUGGAGAAGGGUGAUCCCUAAAGGAAUGCCCCACUAAACAUUGCCCAAAAAAACCCUGCCAGGGGGGGCCCAGCUUUACUGCAGCUCGUCCAAACUGGAGGUCGAAACCGACUUUCACCCAAAUUACCGAAACAAGGAAAAAAAAAAAGUAAGGAAUGUAAAGUUUAAAAAAAAAUAAUAAGAAAUGUAUAUCUGUAUUUUUUGGAUCUUGGAGAUGUUGGAUUAUAUUAUAAAUAAAGUAUUUUUGGGAA